UUCGUCGGGAAGCCCGGAGCUUUCGGAGCAUAUAUGGGGGUGUUGAUCGCAGUUUUCGUCCGCCAGGCACCUGUUGCUGGUUUAUUUUUGUUGGCACUAGACUGUUAAGGAUUCUAACGACUCACAUCUCCACCAUGUCGGAGGAACAUACUGAUUCCAACUCCAGCGGGUACUAUUUUGACAAUCCCUCAACGCGAAUCCAGAGCAGCUUCGUGUUCUCAGGACCCAUAUUUGUCAUUCUAAUGGUGAUGAUGGUGACUUUGGUCGUGGUGAUAGUUCUGGGUAACGCGCUGGUCAUUUUGGCUUUUAAGGUGGACAAGAGUUUGAGGAGACAGUGCAAUUACUACUUCCUGAAUUUGGCAAUCUCAGAUUUUCUAGUAGGGGCAUUCUGUAUCCCCGUCUAUAUCCCCUACAUCCUGACAGGCAGGUGGACGCUGGGUCGAGGGCUGUGCAAGCUGUGGCUGGUCACGGACUAUCUUCUCUGCUCGGCAUCUGUCUUCAGCAUUGUGCUCAUCAGCUAUGACCGUUUCCUCUCUGUCACCAGAGCGGUAAGUUAUCGAGCCAGACAGAGCAUGACUCAUCAAGCCAUAAUCAAGAUGAUUGCAGUCUGGGUGCUGGCCUUUGUCCUGUAUGGGCCAGCUAUCAUAUUCUGGGAGCUGGUGGUGGGCAGAAGCCGCGUGCCAAAGGAUGAGUGCUUUGCAGAGUUCUAUUACUCUUGGUACUUUCUGCUAAGUGCCUCCAUGUUGGAGUUUUUCUCUCCUUUCAUCUCGGUGGCUUUCUUCAACCUCAGCAUUUACCUGAGUAUACGCAGGAGAAGGCGCCACCAUAGGGAGGCCCAACUUCAGCACCAGCUUCAGGCAAGUGAACCGGCUUCUGCCCAGACAGAAGGCGUCCCUCUAUCCCAUAACUGGGGAUUUGGGAUAAAGCUGCCUGGAAGAGGCUCCUUCCACUCUCAGACCUCCUCCCCUUGUUUGGGUAAACUGGAUCCCUCUACCAGCAGGGCUGCUCAGCCUAGCCGUCUGUCCAGGGAUAAGAAAAUYGCUAAGUCCCUGGCCAUCAUAGUAUGUGUGUUUGCCAUCUGCUGGGCACCAUACACCCUACUGAUGAUCAUCCGUGCUGCCUGCAGAGGGCGAUGCAUCCAGCAUCACUGGUAUGAGGUCACCUUCUGGCUCCUGUGGCUUAACUCAGCUAUUAACCCAUUCCUGUACCCACUGUGCCACAGUAGCUUCCGCAGGGCCUUCAGCAAGAUCCUCUGCCCAAAGCGGUACACAACUCCGCCUUCCUCUGCCCUGCGCCUUGGCCAGUGACAGGAAGACACAGACAGACAAUGUGCCAAAACAAUUGAUUGAAAGCAGAUUAAAAUAAUCUGUGUCCAACAAUUUGUCAUACGGGUCGUAAUUAAGUUUCCAACUGCAUUUUGUAAUGUUUGAUUGAUUUUUUUUUUUUUUUUUGUAUUCAACAGGAAGGGAAUACUUUAUCAUGUGCAUAUUCGCAAAAGUAAAUAUUAUUGUUUAUUUAUCAGAAGUAAAUGCACCUUUUAAGUAGCUCUUUGCCAUUUGUACAAAACAAGAAACAUCUUAGGAGUUGAAGAUGGACAUUUUUCUUAUGCGCUAGAAAAAAAAAUGGAGUCAUGGAAUAUGUUGAUUUAUUUAUUGUUUGUGUCAGUGUCCGUAUCAGAAGAAUAUGCUCUAGAUAUCUUUAAUAAAAAUGAUAUUUUAAAAUGAUAUUUUAAGGUGUUGUCCUCUACAUUGAAUCCUUGCCAAAACUGGAUGAUAACAUGCCAAUAUCACCCUCUGCUGUCAAAGAGGGGAGGAAACAACACAGCACUUUUUCACAUUUUGUCACUCUGCUUCUACAAGCUMCAGUGUAUUUUAUUGAGAUUUAAUGUUAUAGACUAACACAAGGUGGCAAUUAGUAGUGUUCUUCUUUGURGAACCAGCUAAUUCUACAAUUACAGCACAUCCUCAACCAGAAAAAGAGUGUCUUUUAGGUCCUGUCUCKGUUGGAUUCUAAACUUUAACUGGGCCAUUCAAGAAUAGGGAUAUGCUUUURUCUAAAGCUUUUCGUUUAGCCUUUAUUUUAAUAUUACUGUACUACUUGCCACUCUUCUACAAAAGACAUAACAGUCUUGUAUACUGACAAAAAUUUCUUACAACAUAAUUAUCUGCUCCUUUUUGUUAACAUAUUACAUGAAAUCCCAAUGAACUAUGCAGAAGUUUGUGGUCGCAACAUGAAGGYGUAUAAAAYGGAUUGAACUGAMAAACAAAACUUAUUCUGUUCCUGCUGCUAUGCUUUCAGUUUCCUCAUAACCAUCAACUUUAGAGGUUUAUGAGCCUCUUUAAUUUCAUGUGAGGCRUCAAAUAAUUUUUUUUCUUUGUCUGAAAUUCAUCAGAAAUAAAUAUUCGACGGCGGGAGGUUUUUGAAACAKUUUACAGUAUGAAAAGGUGUGCAUAUUCUCUUGUACCACUAGAUGUCACCAUUAACCUUUACUGUGCAAUAACGUAUUGAAGCAAGCUUUCAAAAUGUUAACACUUUUCAUCAGCUUUAUCGGGUUUACAUUGAUGUUAUUGUGUAUAUUUGCUGUUUAAAAGAAAAAGUGUAUUCAUUUUUACAAUAAUGACAAUAAUGAUCACAUGUGGCUGUGCUCUUGCCACAUCCUCCAUAUGGUCUUCUUUAGAUAUAUGUUAUUGUGGCAUGUUCUUUGCUUCAGCUGAUGUUACAAACUGCCUGAGAUAGCYGUUUUGCAGUUGAAUGCUUUGUAUUUAUCCUUUAACAAUAAUACACUUUAAUAGUUAAAAUGUUAUCCACUUGGCUUUAAUGAAUGACCUCUGAUUAAAAUAUAUAUUUAUCUAUACAUUUUUGUUUCACAGGAAUGCUAGUGAAGACUUUMAUCAACACACUUAUCUCAGACGCUAGCUGAUGGAUUUUGUGGAAAGCCUGGGAGGAAAUAAUUAAAAUGGAUUUCACUGUGAAUGAC